AUGCCACCGAGACUCAACGUCGCCGACACACCUCGAUACACAACUGUUGCUCGCGCGCGACCUGACGGGGCGGCUUCAAACAUGUAUGAAUGGGUCGAGCGACGCCAACGCCGAUGGGGCGAACCUCUGCAGAAGGUGACGGGAUGGGGCGAUAACUACGUUGGAGGUCGAUGGGGCGAACCUGUAAGAGGAUCCGGCGACUCCGCUGGACGUCGAUGGGGCGAGCAACGUCGAUGGGGCGAUGACUCUGUUGAACGUCGUUGGGGCGAACCUGUAAGAGAAUCCGGCGACUCUGCUGGACGUCAAUGGGGCGAACCUGCAAUCAGCAGGCUACGCGCACAGAGAGAGUAUGGUCACGCGAUGUCGGAUUGGCUUGCAUACCUCGCAAACGCUUCUCGCGGUACCAGCUGGGGCGAAGCUCCAGACUCGCAUGACGGAUGGAACGACUCGGGCUGGGAUGCUGCUUCAACUGGUGUUAGAGAGUGUGACGAAUCGGAUUCUGGCGACUUGGCUGUCUCAGAUCACUUUGACGGUAGGGAUCAGUCGGAUGGCUGGGGUGGCGAAUCGAAGCACUCGCGAGCGGAGGCGCACAAGGGCUGGUCUGACUGGGGAGAGGAGCCCGGCGCCUCGGCUUUCUCAGAUCACUUUGACGGUAGGGAUCAGUCGAAUGACUGGGGCGGCGAACCGAAGCACUCGCGAGCAGAGGCGCACAAGGGCUGGUCUGACUGGGGAGGGCAUUCUGGAUGGCGAGACGAGUCCGGCGACUUGGCUGUCUCAGAUCACUUUGACGGUAGGGAUCAGUCGGACGGUUGGGGUGGCAAAGUGAAGCACUCGCGAGCAGAGGCGCACAAGGACAGGUCUGGGUGGGGAGAGCAUUCUGGAUGGGCAAACGCUUCCAGCUGGGAAAUGGACAGCUGGGGCGCCAGCAUGGAGUCUGAACAUUUCGACGGUUGGGACGCCAGCAUGAAGUCUGAACCUUCCAACAAUUGGGACAACAGCAUGAAGUCCGAACACUCCGACUCCAGCUCUGAGUCCCUCCUGACACCGAGUGCAACGACCGACUCUUCGCCCGAGCCAUCGUGGGGGACCAGACAGUACUCGCCAAUUCAACGCCAAGACGAGGAAGUGAAGGAGCUUCGCCGACAGUUGGCUGAGGAGAAGCGCAAGAAUGCAGAACUUGGUCGACGACUCUACACGCUUGAGAACGAGCAGAUCGAUCCAGGUAGUACUGUCUUGGGCGCUAUUGGAGAAGACGACACCGCUGAGACAGCAGCAUUCAAGCGGUUCGUGGAGGAGCAUACGCCACGAAGCACAUCCUUCACGCCUAAGGCUGCUCGCAACAUCUCUGCCACAGAAAAUUUCGACUCUCCACCCAACAAAUUGUCCAAGGCAACUCUCGAGAGCAUCGCCACCAGCCUUCCUUCAAACAAGUUCCCAACUGGAAAAGAACGUGACUCGCAAAUUCUCAAACGGGAAGCCAACAACGCCCAUCCAGAUCGCCUCUCUGGCACCAUCCACGACACUAUCUACGGCACACGUCCAGUCUUCUUCACUAUGAGCGAUGAAACCACAUUUGCUGACGUCCUGCAAGCCUGGAAGGAGCGGAGAGGUAUCGAAGAUGAUGGACUGGAUCUGGCUCAUGAGGUGGAGUUGGUCGAUCUUGAGAAGACGGCAGGCAUGCUUGGAUUUACUAAUGACCACCACAUUGAGCUGAAUCUCCUUCAAUUGGAUGAGGGAGGCAGCGGUGAGAGUGAUGAGUGGCUAGAGGCUGGAUGGUAG